CUAGAACCGCCGAUGCGACUUUUUUGUCCCAUCGCACUCGAAAAAGGUGUGUUAUUCCGCUUCCCGUCGUGAUAACCCUUUGAAAUUUUCUGACUUCUAUUUAUUUUAAACUAUCUUUCGAAUGCGCUUUUUAAAAAUUGUGUAUUCCAUAUGGUACUUUAAAAAAAUCAUUUCCAACCUAGAACCGCCAUAUGGGACAUUUUGGUCCCAUAGGCAAAAUACGUUGUGACGGCUGGUAUAGCUGCUGUCAACGAGUGACAGAUGUCAAUACGAAUACAAGGGAUGUCAAUACGUAUAGAACAGUAAAAGUGCGCGAAAGUAUUCAACUACAUACGUGCUUUUACUUUUGUUUACUACGGGCUUAUUUUUUCGCUAUCAUCAAUCGGCUAGUCUAUAUACCCACUUCGACUUGCCGGCUUGCUUGGUCGCUGUGUAUUCUUUCCCGGGGCAACCAGUUUGCCUGGUGCACUUAGGAUAUUGCAAGUGUUUGCAAGGUGCAAUAUUUAUUUGUGCGCUUUCAAGAGUAUGUAAUUAUGGCGCGCCAGCCUAGUUUACGAUCCGAAGAGAUUGUCGCUGCCCUGAACGACAUUUCCAGCGAUCAAUCAGAAGGGGAUCCUCUGUCCGAUACCUCUGACAGCGAUUUAUUUGAUACAUUGGUAUGCUCAUCUAGUGACUCAUCUGACUACGAGCUGGAAGAUUGUGUUCCAGAACAAGUACAGCGCUCUGUUGAAGGCAGGUAUCAUACAAAAGUGAUUUGAUUGUCAAACCACUUUUAUUAACUUUUUCACACGUAUGCUAUUUACAAGCAUUAUUUUAUUUUAUGUUUAUUUCCGAUAAAGAAUCUGCAAGCCAAGGAGCUGGAAGAAAGCGUACCUCUGUCGCAGACAUUGGCACUGGACCUUCAAAGGAAACUCGUCGGGUCAGCGGCACUCGUCAAACUACAGACUCUAACGCUGGAAGAGCUCCACGUGUAGCCCCUGCAAAAUCAAGAAAUGACCAAGUUGAUAUACAGUCAAAAGUAGUAGCUAAAACGAACCGCAAACUGGAAGGUUCUUUAGAUAAACUUGUUGUUGGAUCGAUCGCAGAGGCACCUGACGGCACAGAGUGGAAAGUAGUGGAAAUUAACAAUGCUAAUGGAGGUAGAAUUGCUGAACUAAACGUUAUAAGAGACGUACCUGGUCCGUCUCCUUAUGCUAAACGAUACGUAGUCGCCGGUGCAGCCUCGAAUUCAUGGCGUCUUAUCAUUGAUAAUGGUAUUCUAAAUCGAAUUCGAAAGUGCACUGAAAUUGAAGCUAGAAGAGUAUUGCAAACUGAAGACUGGACUUUAUCUCUCGUUGAGCUGGGUGCAUUUCUAGCAAUUUUGUACAUUCGCGGAGCUACUGAGUCCAAAGGCAUGGAGAUUGACCUGAUGUAGUCUGAGAAAUACGGACUUCCUUUCUGCAAGAAUGUUAUGUCACGUAAUAGGUUUCGCGAGAUUAUGAAGUUCCUGAGAUUUGACGAAAAAUCGACUAGAUCGGAACGAUUGCAAACCGACAAAUUUGCCCUGAUAUCAGAUGUGUUUUCAAGAUAUGUUUCAAACUGUCAAAGCAACUACGUACCGGGUCCUAACAUUUCUGUCGAUGAACAGUUGUUUCCAUCCAAGACGAGGUGCCCAUUUACGCAGUUUAUGGCGUCGAAGCCGGAUAAAUACGGACAAAAGUAUUGGAUGGCUGUUGACGUAGAUUCGAAAUAUGUUAUCAACAUAUUUCCUUAUCUCGGAAAAAAUGAUCAACGUCACGCGGAGGAGAGACUCGGAGAUUUUGUAGUCAAAAAGUUAGUAGAUCCGUACCUAAACAGAGGAAGAAACGUUACUUGUGAUAAUUUUUUCACCUCCUUAAAAUUAGCUAAGUUUUUGAAAUCCAAAAAAACUAGCUUAGUUGGCACAGUCAACAAGGCUAGAAGGGAAGUGCCGAUGUGCGUAAAGAAAGCCAAAGAAAACCUUUACUUUACAAAAGCGUUCAAAAGCGACGACGUAACUCUUACAGUCUAUCAAGGAAAAACUAAAAAAAAUGUUGUUUUACUGAGCUCAAUGCAUCGUGAUGUAAGAACUGGAAACGAUCAAAAAUCAAAGCCUGAAACUGUGUCUUUUUACAACUCGACCAAGUUCGGAGUUGAUGUAGUUGACCAAAUGUGUAGAAAGUACUCCGUGAAAAGUGCUAGUAGAAGAUGGCCUGUUCAUUCAUUUUUUAACAUUCUGGAUUUGGCGGGAAUCAAUGCUUGGGUCUUGUACAAAGAACUUACAAAAGAAAAUAUAUCUAGACGCGAUUUUCUUUUCAAGCUAGGCGAAGAACUUGCCAAAGAGUACGUUGAAAAUAAGAGCGCCAACGCAAACUUGCCUGUGUCAGGUGCUGGAGGUUCUCGUCGGCGCUGCCAGGUUCAAAUGUCUUGCCACGAGGGCAAAAGUGCUAACGAAUGCUUCACAUGCAAUAGACCAGUAUGUAAAAAAUGUACUAAAAGAGUUUCGUACGUAUGCGUUUCAUGUGAACCAGGUUCUGAUGAAAAAAUGUAAUAUUUUGUACUGAUGUCAAGAAACCUAAAGAUGUGUUAUAGAUGCUUGAAAUAAUUAAUCAAGAUGUUCCUUUUGCUUUCGAAAAAAGCUUUGUCCGCUUCUUUUGCUCAUUUGGAGCUGUAUUGACAUCGAAUUUUUGUAAUGUUUCUAAAAGGAGUCACAGACGCCCGCGUAGACCAAACAACGUAUGAUCUCAAUUUGAUUUUUUUUAUUAUUAUUUUUUAUAAUUUUUAUAAAACAAUACUUAAUUCUUUAUAUCCUCUUCUUACAUGCUAUUUCCUGUCCGGCUGCGUAUAAUUCAAUUAUAGUUCUCCUUGAAUUUUUACAUUAUUAUUUGUUUCAAAGCAUGUUUGUCGUAGUGCGAAUCUAUUUCGUUGUUGUAAAUACUUUGAACGUAAUUGCUAAAUAUCGAUAGUAAAGUUAUUCGUUUGUUCCUGUAUAUAAAUCUAAGUUCUGGAUUAACGAGGUCGUUGAAGGGUGGCAUUUUGUUUUGAUUAUUAUUGAUUGAGUUGCUAAUAAAGCUUUGUUAUUAAUAAUUAUGAUGCUUAUUAACAAUUUAACCACCAAAAACCUUUAGGUAAUAAUAAACUUGUCUAAAUACGUAUACCUAACGUAUGGGACAAAAUUGUCCCAUAUGGCGGUUCAAGUAAGGUUGAAAAGUCCGGCGGUUCUAGUGUUAACGAGCUAUAAAGCCAUGUCCAGUUAUAGUUAUAGAAAAAUGUGUAAAACUAAUUAUACAACAUUAAUGUUCCUCUUAAAUUUUUUAUGUUAUCGUUUAACACAACAUAGACUGAUUAC